AUGGCCGCGCCGCUCUUCGAUUUUUUCGAAUCAGGGGUGGUCAAGUGCACGAAGCGCGACCGCGCGUGGCUGAUGCCGGCGGUCGAGGUGCUGGCGGCCAACGGCAUCGACGGCCCGCAGGACUGCGUCGAACCCAACGUCAGGGCCGCAACGUUCCAGCUGAGCGGGCCGGUCGAGGGCGAGGUCGCACUCCUCGAACGCGCCGUCGCAAAGGCAAGCUGGGCCGCCGCGCAGCAGGUGGCGGCAGGGGCCGCGGCGCCAAGCGGCUCUCAGGGGCCAGUGGGCGCCCUCCUGCAGGCGCUUCAUGGCGGGCGCAAGCCGGCGGCCCACGUGGACAUCGCCGCGGGCCUGGGUAGCACGUUCUCGGCAGGCCUGCCGUUGUCGCGCUGGCCGCCUCCACGACUGGCCGACUGGGCGCAGGGCCAGGCCCCCGAGGAGCGCCGCGCUGGGCGGCCCUUCGCGGAGGAGAUCGCUCGCGGCGUCUGCAGGGCGAGGGGCCCUGACAAGAAGCAGGGGGACUUGCCGAUCAUCUUGCAGUGGUGCGUCGCGUUCGACAGGUGGGCGAUCGUCGCGGAGCUCGCCGGCCGCGCGCUGUUCGCGGCGUCCAUGGCCCACGAGGAGGUCGCGAUGCAGCUCGCCUUCUCGGCGCGGGCCACUCGGCGCUCUUCCGCGAUUGCCGUCUUCUAUGGCGAGAUCGCUCGGCGCGCCGACGUUUCAGCGGGCCUGGGCGCCUUCGACGUAGCCGCGGCCGCGCAGUCGCAGAAUUCGGCCAUCGUGCUCGAGGUGGGGCACGCGCCGCCCGUGGGUGCCCAGCGAUGCGCGACCAGGGGCCGCGAGGGCGGCAGCGAUUGCAUCGCCGGGGGCGGCGAGGCCAGGGGCCGCGGCAAGGAGCACAAGGGCAACUACUGCUGGCAGGGGCGGCGGCCGCCCGAGGGCGCAGCUGGCGGGUCGCAGGCGCCGGUGGCGCCGAGCAAGUGCCAGAAGAGACG